AUGACCGGAGAUAUGCUGAUCACGUUGUCAAGAAAAAGUGCUGACAAAGGCCAAGCCUUGCAGAGGACCAUCACAGGAAUUCUUCAAGACGAUGCUAAGGUAGUCUGUAAAGGUCCACAGGAGACCAUUGAGAUUCGAGACAUCGACGAAGAAACGACGAAGGAAGAGAUCCAGGCCGCCCUAAAAGAGGAAGUUGGAAAAGAUCAUGAGAUACCUCUAGAAGGAAUAAAAAUCCGUAAGGCUUUCAGAGGUACGCAGACGAAUGCAGUCACUUUACCUAUGACCAUCGCGCGAAAAUUAGUGAAAGGAACCGGCAAGAUCCAUGUCGGGUGGGUUAACUGCCGAAUCAAAGCGACGACGAGACCUAUCCAAUGCUUUAAAUGCUGGCACUUUGGACAUGUUGGGCCCCAAUGUAAAAGCCAAGUAGACCGAUCUAAACUCUGCAUCAGAUGUGGACAAGAAGGGCACCGUAUCGCGGACUGUAAAAAUUCUGCCAAGUAUGCAAUAUGUGCUGACCAGCAAGGAGCAAAGGACGUGGCUCACCAUGCCGGCACCUACAGAUGCCCGGUAUAUCAGGAGGUGCUCCAGAAGUUGACGAACAAACAAGCAUGA